AUGUCUCUCGGCAAAAAGGUCACUCUCAACUCCGGUGCCCAGAUCCCUCAGCUUGGAUUUGGCACCUGGCAGUCUAGUCCCGGUCAAGUUGGUGAGGCCGUCUUUGAGGCCUUGAAGGCUGGAUAUCGUCACCUGGAUCUGGCUACUAUCUACCAGAACCAGCGUGAGGUUGCUGAGGGUAUCAAGCGUGCCUACAAGGAAGUCCCUGGUCUGAAGCGUGAGGACAUUUUCAUCACCUCCAAGCUCUGGAACAACCAACAUCGCCCUGAGAUUGUCGAGGCUUCUCUCGAUGAGUGCCUUGCUGAACUCGAGCUUGACUAUCUUGACCUCUACCUUGUUCACUGGCCUGUAUCUUUCAAGAAGGGCGACUCGCUCUUCCCCCUCGAUGAGAGCAGCACUUUUGAGCGUGGCGAUGUGAUUAUUGACGAUGGUGUUUCAAUUGUCGAUACUUGGAAGGCCAUGACCAAGCUUCCCAAGAGCAAGGCCCGUGCCGUCGGUGUUUCCAACCACACUAUUCCCCACCUCGAGGCUAUCAUUAACGCCACUGGUGUUGUGCCUGCUGCUAACCAGAUUGAGCGCCACCCCGUUCUCCAGAGCCUGGAAUUGAUUGAGUACUGCCAGAAGAAGAAUAUCCACAUUACCGCCUACUCGGCCUUUGGCAAUAACUCGGAAGAUGUCCCUCUCUUGAUCACUCGGCCUGAGAUUAAGGAGGUGGCCGAGGCUGUUUCCGAGCGAACUGGUGAAGAGGUCACCGGUGCCCACGUCAUCCUUGCCUGGUCCCAGAUUGGUGGCCACAGUGUCAUCCCCAAGUCUGUUACGCCGUCGCGUAUUCGUGCCAACUUUAAGGAGAUCGAACUCACCCCAGAGGAGGUGGAGAAGGUUAAUGUCCUGGGUAACAAUCGCAAACGCUACAACCUUCCCUACGCUCUUUACAAACCUCGCUGGAACAUCGAUAUCUUCGGUGAGCCUGAGGAGAAGUCUGCUGGCUAUAAGGUGAUUGUUUAA